AUGUCCAUACCGUCGCCUGCUGAAGAGUCUAAGCCCUGCAGAGAAAACGUGAAUGAUGGACAGAAGCUUUCAGGCACGCUUGGGAAUGACGGCCAUGACAAUGACAACCAAGGACAAGAAACGUUUCCAGUUCUUGUUGCCCUGACCGUUGGGGUCUGCCUGGUGGCGUUUGCAGUCAGCUUGGACAACUCGAUCCUAGCAACCGCCAUACCACGCAUCGCGGCCGAGUUCGGCUCGCUCGAAAACGCAGCAUGGUACCGCGGCGCGUCCUUUGCCGCCUCGGCCGGCCUCCAGCUCCCGCUCGCCAGGCUCUACACCCUCUUCGACGCGAAACGGACGUACCUGGCCAGCCUCGCAGUCUUUGAGCUCGGAUGCAUCGUGUGUGCGGUAGCGACCGGCCCGGGCGCGUUCGUGGCGGGCCGUGCCGUUCUGGGCGCGGGCGCUGCCGGCCUCCAUCCGGGCGUCGUCAACAUCCUCGGGCCGGCCGCGCCUGCAGCAUCACGUCCUGCGCUGCUCACCGUCUCGACGGCGGUGGCCGGCGCUGCGUCUCUGAUCGGCCCGCCGGUCGGUGGCGCUUUUGCCGACGCGUCGAGGCUGACGUGGAGGUGGUGCUUCUGGGUCAACGUGCCGAUUGGAGCCGUCGGCGGCGGCGUCGUGCUGCUGGCCCUCCGGCCGGCGCGGCUGAGCUUGUCGAGCAAGACGGACACGGGCAGCAGCGACGGCGCAGCUCGGCCGGCACAGCACCCGGAAAGCACCCUCCCGCUGCCGCAGAAGCUCCUCAGACUGGACCCGCUGGGCACGCUGUUCCUAUCCGCAGCGACCGCGAGCCUCCUCCUCGCCCUGCAGUGGGGCGGCACCAGCCACUACUGGACCGACAAGCCGGUCUGGGGCAGCCUGGCCGCGGCGGGCCUCCUCUUCUCCGCCUUCGCCGUCGCGCAGCGCUACCCCCACCACCCGGCCGCCGCGUCCCUGCCCCCGAGCCUCCUGCGCAGCAGCCGCACCGUGCUGACGAGCGCCGUGCUGGCGGCGACGCUGUCGGCGGCGCUGCUCGGCCACGUCUUCCUGCUCCCGUUCUACUUCCAGGCGGUGCGCGGCACGACGGCGACGGGGUCCGGCCUGCGCAUGCUGGCGUACAUGGGCGCGGCGGCGCUGGGCGGCGUGGUGUUCGGCGCGGCCGUGGCGGGGGGCCGCGUGCUGCUGGGUCGGCGGCACGGCGUGGCGUGUGCGCCCGUCGCGACGGGGCUGUUUGUCGUCGGCGCCGGGCUGCUGCACACGCUCGGCGUCGGCACGCCCGCGGCGACGGCGGCCGCGUUCCAGCUCGUGGCGGGCGUGGCGGCCGGCGUCGCGUUGCAGGUGCCGUUCGUGGCGCUGCGGCAGCUGGCGGGGGAGCUGGGGACCGGCGGGCAUGGUGCUGCGAGUGCGUUGGUGGCGUGUGCAAACGCGUCCGGCGCUGCGCUGGGCACCUUUGUGGUCCAGAACAUCUUUCUGGGGAAGCUGGCGGCUGGGCUGAGGAACGUGGCUGGGUUGACGCCGGAGCAGGCCGAUGCGAUUCUGCGCGCGGGGAGGCUGCCGAGCAUGAGGGAUCCCGCGUUCAUGAGUCCUCUGUUGUUGGAGGAUGUUUUGGGGGCUUUUGCCACUGCCGUUGAUGCUGCAUUUGUCUUUCCCGUGGUCGCUAGCGUGCUGGCCUUCUUGGCUAGUCUCGUCUUUAUGUGUUGA